AUGCACGGCUACAGCUCUUCAGAGGAGUCGGACGACCCUCGUCGGCCCAUUAUUACCGUGCCAGACAAUACCGAAGACAAGAGGAAGAAGAAAAAGAAGAAGGCGCCUCCUCAGUUUUCCAUCAACCAUAUCUGGAAGACGUUUCAGAACAAGAAUUUCAACAAGGCCUUGGCUGUCCUGCCAUUCGACCCCGUUCUACCACCAGCGAGCUCAGAUAAGCCCAAUGAACUGCUUAGCGCUGGAUACGACCUAGCUGUCGAGGAGUGCCGCCGGAAAGUCAAGAAGAUUAUCCAAGAAUGCCGCAGAGUUAACAUGCGAUACAGGGAUCCCGGAUGGGAUUUGGAUUGGGAUUUGAAAUUGGAGAAGGGUCACUGUCUAAACAGUCUUAGCCACACUACAUGGGAGGUUUCUAGAACGACUCUGUCCAACCCAAGCGCAUAUAUUCCCAAGGCAGUAAAGCGUGUUCACGAAAUAUUUGAGAAGCCAACCUUCUUGGAGAACGUCAAUGGCGGAGAUGUGAAACAGGGAACACUCGGAGACUGCUGGCUUAUGGCCACGCUGACGGCCCUAGCUAAUGUCGCGGGCGGUAUUCAGCGCAUCUGCGUCAAGUGCGACACCGCAUCGGAAUCUACGGUUUCGUCUUCUACCGCGAUGGCGAGUGGAUUCACUCCAUCAUCGACGACAAGUUGUACCUCAAGUCCCCUUGUUGGGAUUCGCCUAGUAUGCAGCGAUCUCCUCCAGCAGAUCGACCAAGAAGAUGUCGAGCGCGUCUACCGCAAGACCUAUCAGACCGGAUCCAAGGCUCUGUUCUUUGCGCAAUAUAGGGACCAGAACGAGAAUUGGGUACCGUUGAUUGAGAAGGCUUACGCCAAGGCUCACGGUGACUUCGCCUCGCUCGCUGGCGGUUGGAUUGGCGAGGGACUGGAAGAUCUCUCAGGUGGUGUCACCACUGAGUUGCUUACCUCGGAUAUCCUCGAUCUUGAGGGUUUCUGGGAAAACCAGCUUUCCAAAGUUAACGAGGAGUUCUUAUUCGGUUGCUCUACCGGCCUUCUUGAUGGAGGCUAUGGUGAGAGAAGCGGCAUCUCCGAAGGCCACGCAUACGUUAUCAUGGAGGCAAGGACGCUCAGAUCCGGAGAGCGUCUGAUCAAGCUCCGCAACCCUUGGGGCAAGAUUCGUAAGGGCGUCUGGGAGGGCGCUUGGUCUGAUGGUUCCAAAGAAUGGACCAUGGAAGUCCAGGAGGAGCUUGGUCACCACUUUGGCAACGACUCUGUCUUCUGGAUCAACUAUGACGACUUCCUGCGCAAAUUCCAACAUAUCGACAGAACCAGACUCUUCCGCGACCCCGCUUGGAGAUGCGCCCAACGCUGGAUCGGGGUCGAGGUGCCGUGGAAGGCGCAGUUCAACGAGAAGUUCCAGCUCAAAUUGUCCAAGGACGGGCCGCUAGUCCUGGUUCUGACUCAGCUUGACACACGAUACUUCAAGGGACUUCAGGGCCAGUACGCUUUUCGCAUCCACUUCCGUAUUCACGAGCGAGACUGCCCUGGUGCCGAGGACUAUGUCGUACGCUCUCACGGCAACUAUCUCAUGGAUCGGUCCGUUUCUAUCGAGUUGCCAGACAUGCCUACCGGAGAGUACAGCAUCUUCACGAGCGUCACUGGUGAGAGAGACACCGACAUUUCCUCUGUUGAAGAUGUGGUCAAGCGCGAGUGCAAGAAGCGCGUCGAGAACGAGAAGCUGGCACAAAUUGGUGCUGCAUACGACUUAGCGCAUAGCAAAGGCACUGCACAUCUCCAAAAGGUCGCCAGGCUGCGAAAGAUCAAGGAGCAGCAAAAAGCCUCUGAGUCUCGCCAAAAGGAGCGUCGCAAGCGUUGGGAGCGACGACGCAACAACCGCGAAGUCACCAAGCAGCAGACCAAGAAGAAUAACGAUAAGCGCGAUCGCAAGCUUGCCAAGAAGGCGGAAAUAGCCAAGGCCACGGAUGAGUCGAAUGGUAGCGAGCCUAAUCUCGACAGCUCUUCUACUAGGAACGGCGAGGAGACCAAAACGGCGUCUAAUGACAAGUCUGAGGGUGAAGCUGAUGGCGACGAGUCGAAAGUGGAGCCCAAGGAGCAGUCCAAGGGGGAACGUAAGGAGAGAUCUAAGGAUGACUCGGAGGAUGACUCUAAGGGCGAAAGCAAGAGGGUCGCCGAGGAUGACAAGGCCGCAGCCAGACCCGUCCCUGUUUCAACACCGAAGAUUGACGACUCCGACGGCAAUUCAUCCGACUCGCCCAUUGAAGACUGGGAAAAGUUGUACAGUGACGAUGACAUGGUGAGAAAGCCGCGCCUCACUCCUCCAGGACCACCAAAAAGACAUGAUGAGCGCUACGAAUCUGAGGAAGACGGUCUUCCCGAUCCUUGGAAUGCUAUUUGCAUUAUGGGAGUUCGCGUCUACUCUAUGGACGAGGAUCUUGAGGUCCACAUCGUCAUGGAAGGCGGCGAGCUUGUCGAGGGCGGUAUGGGCAAGAAAGGAGAGGCGGAUCUCGAAAACGCCCAGGUAAAUGCGGACGGAGAGCGGGAACAACGCGAAGACCUCGAAUCAGAUGAACCGCAUAAGUCUGGCAUGAACAGCUACAGACUGCGACAUGAUUCAGUCUGA